GACAACAUUCAAAGAGACGCCUGGCACAAAAUGAUCUAUGUCAAGCUAGUAACACACUCUGAAACGACUAGUGAAGGCAGGAAAAAGAAAUGCACCAGAAAGUACGAUGCAUACCACCAUUGUCUAUUUUGUCCACCAGGAAAGAACGUUUUCUGUAACUUCUCGAAACACUUGGCCAUUCAGAAGCAUCAGCACGAGCCGGAGGUGAGAGAAAUCAAGAGGUUAGAACCCACAGACACAGACUCCAAAGAAGAUGCGGAACUCAAGCUGAAGGAGAGGAAAAGAAAAAUUGCCCUGCUCCGAUUCAGGGGAGAUCACGAGCAUAAUAUUGAUGUGUUGAAGAAGAAGCGUGGUGAAGUUGUAUUGGGAAGGAGGUUCAACUCAGGCCAGUUUGAUGUUACACACUAUGGUCCUUGCCCAAUAUGUUUUGAGUGGUUGCAGUUGAAGCUGAUCAGUCGUCACGAAUGUCCAGGUGCUUGUGAUGGUCCUACACACAGUCAACGUGCUUUAAUUACCCGGUCAUUGGUUAUAUCAGGAAGAAUCACUGAAGAGGCAAGCAUGCCUUUGGUGAAAGAGGUCUUUUCCAUCAUGCUGUUUGAUGAAGUGGGUAAAACAGCCAGAGCCGAUGCCCUUAUAGUGUGUCUAGGGAACCAGGCACUUGCCCGAAAUGUUGGUAACAAGCUAAUGAGGGGAAAUUACACGAGUAGUGUAAUGCGACUGGCAAGCAACUUGCUGCUACACCUCAGGAAAGAUCCAGUCCAGAAAAUAGCACCUCCUUCACCAGGCAGUCCAGGCUGUUCUAACAAGAAUGACAUGUGGGACUAUAUUCGUCCACAGCAUUUUGACAGAUGUGUCAAAGCUGCACUAGCCACAGCUUUCCAGGACGGGGACGACCUGAACGAGCUGGAUGCUCCGUCAAAUGCUAUCAAAAUAGGAUACGACCUCAAGAGAAUGUGCAAUCUGAAAAUGGGUAUAGCCAUCCGUGCAAGGAAUGCUGGGACCAGGGAGGAGUGUCGAGACUUCAUGGAUCUAAUGCAAAGUGAAUGGAGUACUCGCGUAACGAAACUUGCUAGAGUGCGGCUUGCCGAGAGGCAAUAUAACCUCAAGCAACAGCUGCCCAAACCAGACGAUCUAGUGCAAAUGAACAACUUUUUAACAAAGGAGUUGAGUAACUUUGAUCUCUCUCUGAGUACCCUGGACAACUACAGGACAGCAGUGCAGCUCGUUGAAGCAAAGCUCAUCAGCUAUAAUCGCAGGAGAUGCGGAGAAGUUCAAGCUAUGAGACUAUGCUCCUACGAACAGAGAAAGUGCGGUGUGAGUGACCUGGACGAACAAUUGACAAGGGACCUAACAGACUUCGAGAAACACCUGCUCGAAUCGCAAGAGGUUAUUGUGAUUCGAGGGAAGACUGGGAGAGGUGUGCCAGUUCUCGUUCCUGCAGAGUGUUCUGCAGUGCUGAAAUUCCUGACGGAUGCCGAGGUACGAAGAGAUGUGGGGAUUCACCCGGAGAACAAAUACGUCUUUGCUGCCUCUCGUGGAUUUGGAGUAGUCCGUGGUUACGAGUGUCUCUCAAAAGUAUGCCAGAGGGCAUCUUUGAGUCAUCCUGGCCGGAUAACAAGUGUGACCCUGAGAAAGUAUAUGGCAACAAUAAGCCAGGUUGUGAACUUAAGUCGAUCAGAGCUUGACUGGGUGUGUGACCAUCUUGGUCAUACAGUGGACGUUCAUAGGACACACUACAGAGCCAGAUCAGAUGUCAUCGAAAGGAUAGAGGUUGCGAAGUUGCUCCUUAUCCAAGACAAAGGCAUUGUCAACCAGUUUGUCGGCAAAACACUCCAAGACAUUCAAUUCUCUGAUAUUGUCUUUCCACCUGAAUCACCUGACCAGCAUCACAACCCUCCACAAGCCAGCCCUCCGCAAGCCAGCCCUCUACAAGCCAGCCCUCUACAAGACGGCCUGCUCGAAGGUUUGAUGAGGAUGAAACAGAUGACAGCGAGCGUGAGGAGUUUGAUCUGGAUGAAGUCGUAGCAGCCCCAAAGAAGAAGAAACGGAAGACAGCCAGUGGGUGCAGCCGUCAAAGGUGGGUGCCGGAAGAGGAAUUGGAGCUAA